AUGGCGUCAUCAGUACUAAUUGCAAACCUCACACAGGACUGGGUGGAGAGUCUGCAGAGGUGGCAUCUAGACUUUUUUUUCAUCCCUACCACAGUCGUCACUCUGGCCACCCUGCUGGCCAACCCCGUGCUCCUGACGUGCAUUUUUCUGUCCCGUGCCUUGCGUCAGGAGACGCGCUACCUGCUUGUUGCCAACACCCUGACAGCAGACAUGCUCUUCCUCAUCCUCAAUCUGAUCAUGCUGAUCUGUAACACCGUGAGAAUUCAGAUCCCGUGGCUGGUUUGUGAGCUGAUCACAGCUGUCACCGUCACCACCUGCUGCAGUGCCAUCCUCACUGUCACCCUCAUGGUGGUGGACACCUACGCCGCGGUUCGCUGGCCUCUCCGUUACCAUGACAUUCUCCCACCUGCCCGCACCCACUGCAUACUGGUUGGGGUGUGGGUGCUGGCGGCCAUGUACCCUUUCACCCUGCUGAUCAUGACGGAGGUGGAGGGGGGAAACACCAAUGAAAAGGUGGCUGUGUGCCUGGUCCUCAUCUCCCUCGGCUUCGUUCAGCUCGAGAACAUGAUAGGAAUCCACAUCUACUUCUUCGUAGCUGCAGUCGUCUGUGCUUUACUCAUUUUUUACUGCUACAUUCGGCUCUACAUGGUAACAAGGACCCAGGGCAUCUGGCAGAGCCGCUUCUCCAGGGCCCGGGUCACGCUGCUGGCUCACGGGGUUCUGCUGCUGCUCUACUUUACCCCCGGUUUUGUUUUUACCUUGGAGCUCUUCCUGUUCCAUAGGAAGGACAUAAGUCAAGAUGUUCGUGUGUGGAUCAGCACAAUCAAUAUGUGUGUUUUCAUGCUGCUGCCCAGGGCACUUGCUCCGUACCUGUAUGGGCUGAGAUACAGGGAGAUCUCUGUCACUCUUAUGCAGCUGUUGCACCAGCACAGCAGCCUCAGCCAGAUCACAGUUUCACAAAGACACUUCUGA